AGACUCUCCACAUUGAACAUGGUGCAGGCCAGGCGGGACUUUCCUAGAGGUGGCGGAAGGGCUGCGGCUGCUCCUGCUGCCCGGGCCUUGGAGCCGGAGUCUUUGAGAGGCGCUUACACCUCUUUUCCUCCUCGCCGUCGCCUCUUUCUUCUUCCCCAACCCAGGCCGGCAAAGCCGAGCCGGGCCGGGCGGCUGUAGCGCAGACACGUCACCGGGCCCGUAGGGAUCCGCCCGCUCCGUUGGCACCGGCAAACACCGCGCAAGCGCCCGCCGGCCGAGAGGACCGCCUCACUCAGUCACGCCGGAGGCGAGCGGGGCGGAGCAGAGCUGGGGUUGGCUAGUGGAAGUUGCUGCUACUGUCGUCGUCGCCGCCGCCGCCACCACUUCUGGUGCUGUGUGAGGCCUUCCUUGCGGCCAUCCGGAACUGAGGUGCACUGCAAAACCUUAGGUUUGUCACCUCACAUCAUCAAGCUCAGAGGUUUCCCAGCUGCAGCUUGUGAAGCUUUUGCUGUUGGUCCGAAGAGAGCUGGCUGAUGACAUGGUGCUAAGACCUCUCAUUUCCAUCUGAGAUGUGAUGCAUACCUUCCAGGUGGCCCAUUUCACAGGACAGCUAUAUUUUUUGGAAACUUUUUCCAGGAAAAACCUUACCCUCCAAUCAUGCCAAUUUCCAGCUCUGGAAUGGCCAGCCAAGAAACAGAAGUUCAGAGAUUGAUGCUAGAUAAUGAUUCAAUGAUUGAAGGAGUAAGUGACCAGGUGUUGCUGGCAGUGGUUCUCAGCUUCACAUUCCUUGCAGCAUUGGCAUAUGUGCUUUUCAGAAAUGAGCACCCAGAUAUUCAUCCAGAAAACCAAGAACUAGUGAGAGCAGUUAGACAACACAUACAAUCAGGACAGCAGAAUGUAGUUGAUGACAGACAACAUUUCUAUACUGACAUGACCUGCCCAGUGUGUUUACAACAUGCUACAUUUCCCACUGAAACAAACUGUGGACAUCUUUUCUGUGGUUCCUGCAUUAUUGCAUACUGGAGGUGUGGCUCAUGGCUAGGUGCGAUACACUGCCCCAUCUGCAGGCAGACGGCAACUUUAUUUUUACCACUCUUCAAUGAGGAACAAGAGGAUGCAGCACAGGUGCUCCAGGAUGUCAGUGAUUACAACAGGAGAUUCUCAGGACAGCCAAGAUCGAUUAUGGAAAGGAUUAUGGAUUUGCCCACAUUAUUGCGUCAUGCAUUCAGAGAAAUGUUUUCUGUUGGAGGUCUCUUCUGGAUGUUCCGCAUCAGAAUAUUCCUCUGUCUUCUGGGAGCUUUGUUGUAUCUGGCAUCACCCUUGGAUUUUCUACCUGAAGCCCUGUUUGGAAUUUUGGGGUUGUUAGAUGAUUUCUUUGUGAUCUUUUUGCUGCUCAUAUAUAUAUCUAUCAUGUACCGAGAAGUUGUAACACAGAGGCUGAAUAGAUGAAGGCAAAUAUCAGUGACCAACAUUCAGGAGCCUUAAGGGGGAUGCUUAACUAAAUGAGCCACUAUUAAGUAAUCAUCCUGACACAUUUUCAGUUUCUGCUAUUAAAUCGCUUCUAGCUAAACAUCUUAUAUAAGCAUGGAAAUUGUGAUCAUGAUGAUAGCGAACUGGAUUUUCAGUGUAUGUUAUAUAAAAGAGAUUUAAUUCAAGAUGUAAUAUAUUGCUUACAUAUGUUUACAAUGGAUGAGUAAUUGUAUGUUACUCAAGGUGCCACCACUUAUAAAGGAAUUACUUUUCAAAUAUUUAACACAAAAAAAGGAUUUGAUUUAACUGGACAUGUAAAGGCACUACUCAAUGUACAGCUUCAUAUUCAAUGUACAGUUUCAAAAACUGCUUAAUGUCUCUGUGGGUGCUGAAGUGGGAGGGAAUUGUUGGUUUUUUAAAUAAAAUUGUGUAGCAUCUCUGCCUGUGCAGUAAAUGCAAGCUUGGCAGCAGCAUAAUAUUGCACAAACUUACUAAGUACAGUAUUGCUUCAGCUGCAACUAUGUACAAUUACAUGCAUUUCUCUCCAUAUAAAAUCUGUGCCAUGCAAUGUACACUGUCCAUUGGGAAAAGUGAUCUUGACCCUGCCCACACCAUGACUGAUGAUAGUGUGUGAUGCAGGUGUGUUGCUUUUUACAUUGCAGGUUCAACAUGAUGUUCUGGAUAAAAUAUAAGAUAGCCUGUCUCAAGAGGGGAUAUAUUGUACAAUAAGAGGGGCUAUACAGUAUAAUGCAAUAUUAAGUAAAACUUUGAACUUGAAUCGUAACUAGGCUCCCUGAUCUUGUGAAAUACUAAAUGCUAGCAAUUAGCUAAAAUCUAAAACUGAAUUUUGUGCUUGAAAGAACAUCUGGUAAUGGGAACUAUAGAUAUCUGGUAGAUAUUCUUACUUUAGGGAACCCUGUGCUUGCUUGGGAGUAUUAAACUCAGUUCUGAGUAAGCAUGCAUAGGAUCAGGCUGUAUGCCUUCUAAGUUUGCAUCACAUGAUGGCUCUGAAAUGCUAUGAACCACCUUGUUUGAGACAUCCCCCCCAUCAAACUUAAAUGGUUCUUCAAGCAGGAGAAAAGGGUUGAACCAGGUGCAAAAGCACUCCUUAUGGUAUUGCAUUUGAGACUGCAGUUGGACAUGCACUGGCCUGUGAACUGCUUGCUCCCUCCAUCUUGGACAUACAAUGAACAUUGACACUGGUGCUUUGAACAGUCCAAGAAAAGAGGGGACAUGGAUAUACAUAGAAAAAGGUGGCAUAUCCAAGACUUACUAAACAUACCCUCAAAUCUACAGAUUAGAUGUGGGGACUUGAGGCCAAUGUGCACGUAAUGCCCUCGAUCACUUAAAUGUGAAGUCGCAGUCUUGUUUGAUGGUUGGCCAGUUCCUGCCUCAAAUAGUCACAGGGGAGAGAGAAUGAGGGCACUGAGACAUAGAGCUUCUUCACAGAUAUGGGAUCUUCUGGAGCAGACUAUGGGAUCUCAUACACCUCCUUUUUUCUAGUAUGAAUUUUCUAUACCAGCAUUAACCAUAGUGAAGGCUUAUGUCGGCAUUCAGCGCUAAUCUUUAUAGUUAAUAUCAAUCAAACUUUUAUUUUUAAGUAGCUUCACUCUGGUUUUUAAUAGUUUUAAUGGCAAAACCUGGUUAGUGUUAACCAUGGUUGAAGUCAGUACCAAUGCAACCCUUAACCAUAGCAGGGUGAAUUCAUGCCAGAGGAGAGUAGUGUGUGAGAUAUCAAUUAUGUAACCAUGGCUAAGAGCAUUUAACACUAGCUUUUUUUAAAAAAUGGAGUAAGCCCUUCAAUUUGGUGAAAUAAUUGCCAAAGAAAACAUUAUACCCCAAUUACUAACAGAACUCUUUUUCUAUUAAACUCUUUUAAGUACUUGAAAAUAUAUUUGAUCCCCUUCUUUAUAUAUUCUAGAUAAGAAUACAUUUUGAAAUCUCUGUGUUGACCAUGCAUCCAUUUCUGUGCAGGGAUUCUGAGUGUCAAUGUAGACAUAUGAAUAUGUUCAAAUAUAUAAAGUGCGUUGGAAUAACAACUUUUAUAGAGUGGGGGAGGGGUGGUUUCUUCUGUUCUUGUGUAUGAACAAGGCCAAAGUUCGCUUUAAAUGCCCAACUGCGUUCAUUCAUAACAAAUGCUAACUCCUUCUAUAAACUUAGUCUUAAAUCUCCAAAAUAUGGCUAGAAAAAAAAUGUUUGAAUGUGUGAAUUCAGUCUGAGACUUACAAUAGGUUUGUUCUAUCUAUACUUGAUAUGAAUGUUAAAAACAAGGGAAGAAGAGAUUGUUUAAGAAGAGAAGCAACUCACAAGUUCUUACUUUUUUAGGCUGCCUCUACUUCCUUUUAAUACCUCUGCUUACUUUCUCCUCAUCACUAGUAUGUUAUAGUGAUGUGUUGGCUACCUCAGGUAUGAUGCCAGCCUGAUGCACUAUAUGAAUCUUGCUUUAUUUUUGGCCAGCCCAAAUCCUAACUACAGUAGGAGUCAGGGGUGAAAGUAUUAAGCCACUACUGCAAGUUAAGAAGCAGAGCCUUAAUCAUAUAAUAGUUUGCACAGAGGGCUGAUUUGGUAUUUGAUAUUCCUCGAAAACAGUUGCAAAAUCAAAGAGGUGGAGUCAAACCUAGUACAUAUUUGCCUUAUAUAUUUUCUGGUGUCUGAAUAGUUUUAUUAUGUAGACUAUAUUUCAGCUGAUUACAAUAACUACAGAGUUUAGUAGCCUUAAUGCCCUGUUUCCUACCCACACUGAUAAUUUUCUUCAUUCAAGUCUCACCUAUAUUAUCAGCAUAAGUCCUCUUACAUAAUUUUAGGAUGUCUUCCAACUGGCUUUUGUAGAUCUGCCCUGUCUGUCACUGGUGGUGAUGUGAGACGUGGGCUCAGUCUACGUAACACCUUGUGAUCCAUCACUGUUCAGCACUCAACUUACGAGAUUUUUGCAAGAAUUCUUGCACCUCAUGAAAACAAUACAAGUCUUUUAUUAUAUAUUAGUGCUCCCUGUUGCCAUCUCUGGUCUUGUGCAUAUCCUUAAUUAUUGGAGCCUCCCCCCCACUCCCCACCAAACUUGCAUCUGUGUACCUAUUCACUACAGGCACCUUGUUUAUUUUUUCUACUCACUUAUUUGAACUUCCAUUGAUGCUUAAUUCAUGGUAUGUAUAUCAGCAUUUUAUAUUCUCAGUACCUAAUUUUAAUCUAAACAGUCAUAUGAUCUCUGUAUAAUCUCAAACGCAAACUGUUGCUUCUAAACCUAAACUGUGGAGGAUAAUAGGCCAUUUUGAUUUCUUGUUGUACAAGUCUUCUGUGUUGCUCUAUAGAUACUUUCCUAAGCCUUGAUGGCUAAUGUUUGAUGUGGGGCAUGAAUAAGCAAAUCCUAUUUUACAUGACUCAUUAUCUUAAUAUGUCCCUCUGAAUGGUAUCUGAGCACCUACCCAGCGAUUUCAUUCAUUCCUAAUAGUAACAAAGAUCCAUUAAAUGGGGGAACAUAUUUCAGCUCAAACACCAGAUACAGUAUUAUAAUCAGAUAAGAGUAUUUUUCUGUUUUACUUCAAAACACUCCACAUUCAGAAGACGAGAUGGGUUUUCCAGUAUUAGCUCUAAACAUUUUCUGGAAGAAUCAUUGACCAGAAAUCCUAACAUUUAGGAAUCAAUCACAUGCAAAAUAAGUGAAUUAAAGUAAUAACAGAUUUGGAAUGGCAGCCAUCCUUUCUAGAAAUACUUGCUAUAAAAAUUUUGAGAAGAGAAAAAAACAAAGCUUUUAUCUUUUUUUCUUUCAUUUUCCUGCUAAUUAAUGUUGAAUUAUAAUUAGACACUUACGAUUACAUAAUGCUUACUAUUGCACGUGCACUCUACCUUGAGGCCACCUACUCUUCUCUUUAUUGCAGGUACUAUAUGAGUUGAUUUUCAUAUGAGGAACAAUUAAUGACCAAAGUGGAUUUAAAAUGGCUUCCAGAGAUUUAUGGGGUAUAGAAUGCGUGCUACUAUAGAUCUUUUACACAAAAAUAUAAUUGGACUCAUGUUUUUACUGAUAAUAAACCAUGUUUGAAAUAAGAUAAAA